AUGGCCUCUUUGAGUGGUGACGAAUGCAGCCAUGGGGGCAGCUACUAUUAUGCUCCGGCAGCACGGGCAGCAUCACGUGUCCCUUUGUCGGACAUUCCACACCCCACCCCAAGCACUUCAAAUACCGAACCUUCCUCCGACACCUCCUCUGUCCGUCGACAUCUACGAACCAAACUCUAUACUCCUUCCAUGACCCCGAAGAAGAUGCCUCCCUUGCCCAAGAAGAAGUCGCCCUCGCCGAAGAAGCCUGUUCCAGCGCCCAUGUUGCCCGUGCCAGCGCCCGUGUUGCCCGUCCCAGCGCCAAUGUCGCCGCCAGCACCGGUUCCAGGCGACCUAGACCAGCUCAAGACAUACGUUGAGGGUAUGAAAGCUGGUCGGUGUGGGCCUCAAAUGGACGAAGAUGUCGAAUUCCACGUUUCCCUUCAAGAUUGGGACAAGCUAUGUGAGCAAUACGACAUUGAGGAGCGAGUCCACUUCUACCGAUACACCUACGAUGCCUCCAAGUCGAUUCUUACCCUCCACGGGAGCCCGUCGGCGCCACAUGAGAUCUUCGUCGAAUUUUUCAGAGAUUUUAUUACUGAAAGCGUCGGGCGGCGAAAGGAUACGAUUCGAGUCGCCACUGGUACGAUGCUCAAAGCCAGAACGGGGCAAUACUCCGGGUCGAGGAAGCAACCAGAUUUGGCGAUUCUCGAAAAGAACCGCAAAGGUUGGAUGAAGGUUACCGUGUCGUUCGAAAUCGGCUUUUCUCAGACGUACGAGCAGUUGAAAGAGGCGGUCAAGUUGAUACUGAAGGGCACAGGCUCGGUGACCGAUCGAUGUAUCCUAGUGAAGAUUACCGAGAACCCACGGUAUCGAUGCCCGUUGUCUACAGAGGCAAGAGACGAGAAGGUUUGGAGGGACCCCGACACAAUCGAGCGCGACGAGUUUGAGGGUGACACGUAUGGGCCCAUUUACUUUGAAGGUCAGAAAUGGAUGGGCAGCAUCUCGGAAAUCUUCUGGGAGAUGUGGAAGUUAGACGCCGCCACGAACGAAAUCCAAUUAGACGGAGAGCGACAAAUCAUCCACCCGAUGUCUCCGUCCAUACCUCGACCGGAAAUACCAUUUGGCCUAGCCCUUUCCCACCUCCAGCCGGAUGACUCGGUGAAGUUGGACUGGGAUUACUUUGAGAGGAUCUUCCAAACAGCCGUGGUCGAUUUCGCCAAAUGCCGCUAUGAAGAAUGGUACGAGAAAACGUCGGGUGAUGAUCGGAAGGACAAGGACUAUGUGGACGAGGGCGACGAGGGCAACAAGAGCGACGAGAGCGACGAGGAACAGAAGGAGCAACAGAGCAAGAAGAAGAAGAGACGGAUGAAGUAG